AUGUUUAAAAAUAUUGAUUUGUUUGGGAAGCAAAUAAAUUUAAGAUUUUAAAAGAAGCAAACAUAUUAGUCAAACUUUGGAUCAUUUAUUACUUUAUUAAUUGUCAACUUUAUUUCUUAUAGGUUUAUUUCCAUAUUAAUUGAUACAAUACAAGGAUCAAUUCCAUAAGUAAAUUAUAGUGAAAGAUAAGUAGAUGAUCCAGAACUUUUUUAAACUAACAGCAUAAGCUAUCCAAUAGCUUUUGCAAUGGAAGAUCCUAUAACAAAAAAUUAUUAUAUUGAUGAAACUAUAUAUACAGUUAGUGCCUAAUUGUAAUCUAAGUAUCUAAUAUACAACUAAACAUAAAUUUAAUAUAAUACUGUUUGGGAAAAAAAGAAUAUUACACUUUAACCAUGCACAGUAUAAAACUUUAAAAAUCCUGAAAAUCAAAGAUAUUAUUUGGCAUUAAACUACACAAAUAUGUAUUGUCUUCCUCCUAAAACAAAUAUUAAUAUUUAAGGUGACUUUAAUUCUCCUGUUUUUUAGCAAAUUUAAUUUUUUGUCUCAAAAUGCUAAAUUAAUUGUAAGUCAGAAGAAGAAAUAAAUUACUAUCUAAUGAAAUCAGGACUAGGACUUUAACUUUCAGACGCUUAUGUAGAUGCGAAUUAGUAUGAAAAUCCAUUUAAGAUAUUCUCAAGGGAUUUAUAUUUUUCUACAAGCCUUUUAAUGCCUGAGGAUGUAUUAAUAUAUAUUAGAAAUAACUACGUUUAUAGCAAUAAGGGAUUAAUCUAAACAGCAACAAAAAUGUAGAAAUACCCACAGUUCAACUUGCUUAGCAUCAUGUCAGAAAUAGGAGGUUUGACUUAGAGUUUUUUAGCAAUUGGAUUUUUGAUAUAAUGGGAUGAAAGCUGUGAGUAAUUAGAGGAUGCUUCCUUAAAAGAAAAUAAAACUAUCUUCAAUAAAAAAAAUGAAGAAAACUCUUAAAAUAUUUAAUUUGAUAUUGCUAGUGAUAAAGAUAAGACAUUUUUAAGCAAUGCUUCUUUUAUUAAAUUAAGGAAAAAUAAAUCCCUAUUAUGUAAUGAUAUUUAAUUGAUAGAUUAAGAAAAGUUCCAUAAAAAUGUUAAUAAUGAUGUAAAAGUGAAAACACUAGAUAACUCAAGAGUAAGUUAAAAGGAAAUUAAAGAUAAUACUUAUUCAUUAUCUCAAAACCUUGAAUAAAAAUAAUUUCUAAAUUCUAUUCUUCAAAAUAAUAAUAAAAGUGGCGAGUAUUUACAAAGAUAAAUGCCUACAUGCUAAGUCUAGGACAAAAAAAAGUAAGAAAAGUAAACUGGCUAAAAAGAUGAGGAAAACUAUCUCAAAUAGAAAAAGAAAAUAGAUAAAAAUAUUAAUAAAUUGCUUUAAAAGUAAACCAAAAGUAUGGAAAUGAGCUUUUGGUAAUAUAUAUUAUCAUACAUUUGCCCUUUUGGAAGACUCAAGCAGAAGAAAGAAAUUAUUGAUUACAGUAUUGAUAAGCUCUACUAAAAUUUAGAUAUUUUGUAAAUUUUAAAGAGAUUGAUAGAGGUUGAAAAGCUAAAAAGAUUACUAUUGGACUAAGAUUAGAUUAAAUUAUUUGAUUAUUUACCAAAACCUACAAUUAAUUUCAGUCUUACUUCUAAAAAACUAUAAAAAUAGAUUUAGCAAUAGGAUUUUUACAAGAAUUAAGAAAUUAACCUUCUCUACUAGGAUGACAGGUCUGAGCUCUAAAAAAUUAAAGAUGCAUAUGAAGCUUAUAAAAAAAUUUUAGCAAAAGAUGAUUUUUCAAACUUAGAUUAAAAAAUAAUAGAUAUGAUUGAUAAAAAUAUAGUUGAUAUAUUCGAAGUAUAAUAAGAAUUGAAUAUUUCAGAUGUUUAGAUUCCAUAACAACAAAGCAUUUAUGGCUAAUAAUUAUAAGAUGUAUUUUAAAAUUCUCCAUAAUCAGUUUAAUCUUAGAAGGUAAAUAAAAAUAAUUCAACAGAAAUUAAAUAAUAAAUAUUUCCUUAAUCUAAAACACUUAUAAACAAUUAGUAAUAAUUAAAUUUUUAAAAUUAUUCAUAAAAAUUGAUUUAAAUGUAGUUUUAAUAAGAUUAAAUCACAAAAAAAACUAAUAAAAACUUUGAUUUUAUUAUAAAUGAUGAUUAAAGUAGCUAAGGUGAAAUAGCUAAAGAAGACAUUAAUAAUAAUUUACUAAACUAAACUAAAGAUAUCACGUUUCUCAAUCCCUUCAUCAAUAAAUUAAAAAAUUGA